AUGAUGUACCCACCUGAUGAAGCGCACACGUCUUUCAUCACUGACCAUGCCAACUACUGCUACCGGGUGAUGCCCUUCGGCCUCAAAAAUGCGGGAGCAACCUACCAGCGACUGAUGGAUAAGGUCUUCCAUCGACAGAUUGGAAGAAACAUGGAAGUUUAUGUCGACGACAUGGUAGUUAAAACCAUCUCGGCAACGGACCACGCAGCCGACCUCGCCGAGGUGUUCGCCCAAAUCAGGAAGCACAAGAUGCGCCUCAACCCGGAGAAUUGUGGGAGCAGUGUUACCUACUUGUUAUGCUGGAUUUUUGUCUUGAAUCAAAUACAGGUUCUGAAGGCUGAUGAUGUUGAUCUAAUGAUCAUUGCUCGAGGAACAUCUGGAUUCUCUGGUGCUGAGCUUGCAAACUUGAUUAACAUUGCUGCUAUCAAGGCUGCAAUGGAUGGUGCUAAAGCUGUGAGCAUGGCUGAUCUAGAGCAUGCAAAAGACAAGAUCAUCAUGGGAAGUGAACGCAAGUCAGCUGUCAUAUCCGAGGAUUCACGAAAGUUGACUGCUUUCCAUGAGGGUGGUCAUGCUCUUGUGGCCAUUCAUACUGAUGGGGCCCUUCCUGUUCACAAGGCAACUAUAGUACCCCGAGGGAACGCUCUCGGCAUGGUUACUCAAUUGCCCGAAGAGGAUGAGACCAGCAUUUCCCGGAAACAGAUGCUUGCCCGGCUUGGUGUUUUCAUGGGGGGCCGGGUUGCUGAAGAGCUGAUUUUUGGAGAAAAUGAAGUCAGUUCUGGUGCAUCCUCAGAUCUCAGGCAAGCAACUAGGUUGGCAAGGGAGAUGGUUACCAAAUAUGGUAUGGGCAAUGAAGUUGGAUUAGCCACACAUAAUUACAAUGAUAAUGGGAGGAGCAUGAGCUCGAAGACUAGACUUAUUAUUGAGAAAGAGGUGAAGGAAUUGCUGGAGAGGGCUUACAACAAUGCAAAAACUAUUCUAACCACUCACAACGAGGAGCUUCAUGCACUUGCCAAUGCUCUUCUGGAGCAUGAGACCCUCACAGGAACUCAGAUAAAGGCAUUGCUUGCACAAGUUAGAUUACAGAUGCAGCAGCAACAUCAGCCACAAACAGUUGAAGCUCAGAGUAGAUCCGACAAAGUGCCUCCAUCAAGUGGGAUCUUAACCCUACCAAACAAUGUUGAGACACAAAUAUACAAUGAGCACAAAGAAGGUUUCAAGCAUGUGGUUCGUCAAGCAUUACAUUUCAUUGAAGUUCCUUUGAGCUUCCAAUUUAACCUAAGGAAAGAUCUUUAUAAGGGUCAAUUUCUUAACUUGGAUGAUAUUCUUGAUGAGGCUAAUACCAAGGAUGUUGCUCCUUCUCCUCACCAGAAGUCCCCUAUUAACGAAGAGCCAAAUGAAAAGGAAGAAGAUGUUGAAGGCCAUAGGGCUUCUUCUUUUCCUUGA